ACAGUAACUAGCUGACGACUAUAAUGACAUUGGAGUGGUGGGCUUGGGCAACAAAGACACGCAUUAGUUGUUCCUCUUGCUCCUCCGUCUCUGCCUACAAUAUCCCUCCUCAGCUCGAGUGAGAACAGGAAAAGAGCAUGGAAUCCAAUUCUACUUCAUGACCACUCUCAAACAGUCAUAUUUAACCUAUUAUUUGCUAUGAUUUGCCAAGUGUGCCAUCGUCCACCCGACUCUUCACUUCCAUUUUACUGUCCGAACUGCGCUCGCAACCGGCUGUACCCGCUCCGUUUUGACCUCGCAAAGACGUUGCUGGAGAAAGAAGCAGCAGGCCAGAAGAUUGAGAAGGCAGUUAAAAAUGCGGCCGGCUUCAAAGGGAUCGCGCCCGCGGGGUCCGGUCAGCCGAAAUCGACUCUGGACGAGCCCUCCAAGAUAGCCAUCGAAACGAUGCGCACCCUUAAGACGCAGUCGGAGAUUAGAACAGAGGCCAUACAAGUCCAGAUUGCCAAACUUAGACGAGAGAUAGAGGAAGGAAAGCAAGAAAUUGCGAAACGGCGGGCCGCACUCGCAAAGCGACGCUCUGACGCCGAGGCGGUGAACUAUCAACUCUCACAGCGACGAGCUGCUAUCUUGAAUAAUGUGCAGAAGGAAAUCAAGAAGACAGAAAAUGCGUGGAAUACCCUUCAUUCGAAGACUGCUGAGUCUAGGAUGUUUCUAUGUCGUGAGGUAGCCAGCCUCUAUAAUCUCCGACAGAAGACUAGGAGGAGAAACGGGGAGAUCAUAAGCACAUAUUCUAUUGGUGGUGUGAAUAUGGUUGAUCCUAGGGAUAUGAACAGCGCGAGUCCGGCUCAGAUUACCACGUCGCUUUCGCAUAUCGCGCACCUGCUGGUGCUUGUUUCGCAUUAUCUUGCUCUACGUUUGCCAGCCGAAGUUAUUCUUCCACACCGCGGAUAUCCUCUACCUACAGUAUUUCCUCCGGGGUCAUCUUACAUCGCAAAGGACAUCCCGUUUCCUGGCCUGUCUCCUUCGAAUUCUUUCGGCCCAACCGCAUCAAAAGCGCCCGAUCGUCGGCCCCUCCCGCGGCCCCGGCCGCUUUUCCUCGACCGCAGCCUUCCUAAACUUUCCAAGGAAGAUCCUGGUGGCUAUGCUCUUUUCGUCGAAGGGGUUGCUCUUCUGGCAUGGAACGUAUCAUGGGUUUGCCGAUCACAAGGUCUACAUAUUGGACAAGAUUCUUGGGAGGAUGUCUGCGAGAUGGGGCGAAAUCUCUGGCAGCUACUAGUUGCACCGCCAGCGCUAACAAAAGCCCUGGCCGGUCGAGACUUGCAAGCAAAGCCUCCAAGCAAUAAGGACGCGCCUACAAGAGGAGGCGCGCUUCAUCGGACGAGAUCGCUUCCCUUGCUAGGGCACUAUUCUCACGGCACAGCGCAUUCCUUCCUUGGAAGCGCUGAGGGACUUGAGUUUAUGAAAACUUGGAAACUACCAUCUCCCCUCAAGGUUGCCGACAAGUUAAAGUCCACUCUGCUGAGCGACAUGGCCACGACGGAGUGGGAACUCCUCGAGGAGGAUGAAUGGGACGAGGGUGGCACGCCGCAACCAGAAACCGAACAAAAUGACGGGCACGUUCUCGUCGCAACCAGGCAGGCGCGCGACAACGACCCUGGUAACGAGGAUACGAGGAGUAUCCUCACGGCCAGAACGGUAGUGGAUGAAGAAUACAAUGAAAGAGCGCGUGGGGAGCGGGGGGAAGCAACCGCUUCCAGUGCCAGGCCAAAAGGGACGAAAGGGUGGACCAAGGUGAAGAGCAGAUAACAGCGUCUCCUUUUUUAUGGCGUAUCGAACCGAGUUUCUUGGGGCUUUGGACGAUCAUCUAUCCUUCGAUAUCGGCACUGAUUAGUGUGAUGCGUCCAUCGCGAAUCUUUUGGCAGAGAAGUCGGUCAACCGUCAUCAGGAUGUCGAGAGCGAAAAAGGUAAUAAAUCCUCCAGUGCGGGGGGAGUGUGGGUAUCCGUCUUAAUGGCGCAACCGGGAUCAACGGAGGAAU